AGGCCUCUUUGGAGAGAAACACUGCACUACGAAGCUCAAGUUGCUUCCGCGUCGAAGAUUCCUCUCCAGGCAACUGCGAGCUGCUAGACUGCUCAGUCAAUGAAACACAUCAUGCGAUGUUGUACUACAGGGGCCGAACUAGGUCCAACGCAACAGCAACUCCUUUACUUGAGACCAGUCGCUGGCUGCGGCUGUAGUCUUGAAAAGACGCUCAACGGCACACUGUCAAGUCUUACUCUCGCAAGCAAGGCCAGCAGCAACGUUUUGCUAUGAAGGAACCCAGGACUGUCCCCCACAGCUUCAACUGGCUCUGCACUUUGCUGAUACUCUCCUUCAGCGGCACACUCAAUCUUCUGCAGCUUCCUGGCUUCGUCUCAAGCACAGAGCCGACGGACAUUACUGCAGACACUGCCAAGUUUUGCCAGCAGAUUGCUUUGGUAGCAUUUCACAACAUCGAGGUCCGCGAUCGCGACGCAGAAUACAACUGUAGUUCUGGUGCUCUUUGUCGCGGAGCUGAUAAGCUGACAGCCUACUCAGAGCUUCCCAUCAAAUGGGCCUUCGAUCGAUACACAAUGAUUCAGGACCCUUGUCAAACGCAUUCGCAUGGGACUUGCAAUUUUCACAGCAUGUCUCACUGGGGUACGAUGAUUUCGAUCUAUGCUUGCCAGUGUCCCGAAGUGGUUUUACUACUGCGUGUGUCAGAGUCCCCGGUUUUGGGACCAGACGGGCAGCCGUAUGGAUGCGAUGUGAGCUCUAUCAAGUCUCGCCUCGCUCAACGAGGGUUCUCCAGUUUCAAACUGAUUGCUAUCGCAAAUGGUUUGCCCUGCACACCUGUUCGAGAUAACUUGACUUGCAUUUGCGACAAGUCUGGCUUGGUGGAGAAUAUACAUGGAGGAGAUUGUUAUCGCUUGUCUGAGACGCAGCAACCGCUCUUGAACGACGAUAUGGAUGAGUGAAAGGAAGACUGAACGCGGCUUGUGACGAAUCUGUGUACGCCAACUGCAAGACUUCAAGGGUUGACAUAGAGCGGCCUCAGCUGCAGGCUAACAAUCAAAUAUCCAG